AUGGAAAACUUUUUAUUGACUUAUACACCUAUCUCAACAAUCACUGUUGCCACUGCUUUGUAUAAGCAUGCAGAAUCAGGUAGCUGGAGUGGAAAUCGCGAGCAAGAAGUACAAAAGUUCGUGAAAACGUUAGAAAAUGUGAAAAAUACGAUAAAGCGGACGCCCGGAGAAGAAGAACGUUUAAGAAAACUUCGGAACUUUGGAACCGGUGAAGGUUUGAGACAACGAUAUUUGUAUUCUAGUGAAUGGACUGCGCCGGUUAUGAUUUUAACUGCAAUUGAUUAUAUAUAUUCCCUUGUGGAGUUGGACGUUCUGCAAAUUGAUGUAAUGAGUUGGCAGGAAGACGCGAAUGCAAAUAUAGAUUCGCUGAAGCGUGAAGUUAGAAAGCGUACGAAUGAAACUUCAGGUUAUGAAAAACAAAUGUGGGAGAGAGUUGAAACGGAAUUACACGAUAUAAAUGUGUCAGAGCUAGGUUUUGACCACCCGUUGUGUUCCGGAAUCCUUGAUAUCAAAUCAAAGCCUUUUACAAAAAUGCCUACGUCGCUCUGCAAUAUUUUCCAAGAGCCGUUUCAAAAAUAUAAGUUGACCAAGAAUAAUGCAAUAUUUAAUAUGUGCGAGAAGUUUGUUAUGGACGAAGAAGGAAAAAUCAGCUCGAAAUAUGAUAUAUCGGGAAAUAUUGAAUUUGGAAGAUGGGUAGAUCAACCCGAAAAACUUGAGCAAAUAACGAGAGAAUUAUUGGAAGCAAUGGGAAAAGUUUGGAGAUCGCCGAAAUAUAAAUUAUUCAUAAAAGAUGGAGAGCCACAGGUCUUACGAGAUAUGCUAGAAAUAUAUGCUAUGCGUAAGGAAACGGGUAUUUUCAAGUACUGUUUACUGGAACAAGCACCGAUUCCUUUACAUAUAGCAACUCCUACUGAUGUCUACGCACUUAUCCACAUUUUGCUAACUUUAAGGACAGCAGUUGCGU